CUCAGGCAGCCCACUUCGGCCUAUCUGCCGCUAGCCCUAAAAGCGAUAUGUCACGUGAAAAUGGACCAUUUCCAGACCAUCUGUCCAAUCAGCAGCCGCAGCUGCAACCAUACUCAAAAAAACAGCCAAAUCCUCGGGGCCUAUCAAUAUUGUUCAUUUUGUAAAUCGACAAGCUUGAGUAGAGCUAGGUUACCAUCUACGAUACUUAUAAUAGCGUCAUUCAGCGGUACACUGUGACCUGAGCAUCAGUCGAUUGAUUGGGAAAAGCGGCAACGGCUCGCGUCUUGUUAGUGGCAUGUUGUCAUCACGAUUCUUCUCUUAGACCGCCCCUAUCAACACAAGAAUACAAGAUGAUGGCACUCCGGUGUUCAUUGCGGUCUACUAUAAUUGUAUUGGCCCUGACCCUCCUCGUGGGCCAUUCACUGGCCUCAAUUGGAGACCGAUUGCCGGAUUUCAAAGAAUGCGUCAAGAUCUGCAAAGAAGAGAACUGCGAUAAUGGCAACUCUGCUAUACCACUUCACCUCCGUUUGAUGUGGUGGACGUGCGGUGCAGAAUGCGACUAUACUUGCCAACAUGUCAUUACAGAUCGCAGGGUCAAUCGGGAAUUCCCUAUGCUACAACCAAUCGUCCAGUUCCAUGGUAAAUGGCCAUUUUAUAGAGUGCUCGGCAUGCAGGAGAUCUUCUCUGUGGUCUUUUCGUUCUUAAACCUCCUUGCUCAUUAUUACGGCUUGAAGAGAAUUGACGAAUCGAUUCCGACUUCAUAUCCACUUCGCAAAUACUAUGUCGCUUUUGGAUAUUGUGGCCUUACAAGCUGGGCUUUUAGCAUGAUAUUCCACGCAAGAGACUUCCCAAUAACCGAGAAGUUGGAUUACUGGGCGGCCGGCGCAAGCGUGCUCAUGGGGCUGUUCCUUGCGGUUAUUCGAAUUUUCCGCUUGGACGACCAGAAGAACCGCUCCAAAUCAACCAUACGCCGAACAUGGACCUAUCUCUGCAUCCUGUUGUAUGUUGCCCAUGUCUCCUACCUCAGCCUUUGGUCGUGGGAUUAUACCUACAACAUGAUCGCGAAUAUUGUCAUUGGCAGCAUUCAGAAUGUGUUGUGGAUAGUAUUCAGCGUGUAUCGGUACCGGAAGGAGCCUAAGAAACCGUGGACAGCGUGGCCUGGCCUGAUUGUUACUUGGAUUUCGUUGGCGAUGAGCCUCGAGCUGCUGGAUUUCCCGCCUUGGUGGGGGUUGAUCGAUGCACACAGCCUGUGGCACCUGGGUACCGUGAUCCCGGCGGCAUGGUGGUAUGCCUUCAUCAUCAAGGAUGCACAAGACGACAUGACGGUCGAGAGGCUGAAGGCCUGAGUGUAAUAUAUAAUGUAACGUUGCGUUUUCUCCCAUUGGCAUGCUUUGCGUUGGGCAAAGAGCGAUAUACCGUGUGGGUACGAAAUAGAGAGCAAAUAUACUAUUCCUCAUAGCUAUU